AUGGCCACCGAGACGACCAUCCUGGGUGCCGGCAUCAUCGGCCUCUCCACCGCGUACUACCUCGCACGACAUCAACCACCCUCGACGAUCCACCUCGUCGAGUCCUGCCCAGAGCUGUUCGCCUCCGCAUCCGGCUACGCGGGCGGGUUCCUGGCACGCGAUUGGUUUGGCCCUGGGUCCGCCCCGCUCGCCGCCCUGAGUUUUGACGAGCACAGGCGGCUCGCGAAGGCCCACAACGGCGCUGCGCGCUGGAGUUAUCGGUCCAGCACGGCGGUGAGCUAUACGCCUGCCUCAGAAGGAAAGGCGAGAAAAGGACCGAGGGGAGAGGACUGGUUGAGGACCGGGGCGAGUCGGGCCGACGAAACCCAGGAGGGAGGGCAGAAAAAGAAGGUGCAGGAGAAUGUCGUCGUUGCUCCGCCAUGGCUGAGGAGGGAGGAAGGGGACGAGGUGAACGUCAUCGGCGGCGGGGCCAACACGGCCCAGCUCGACCCGCUGCGCCUGUGCCAGUUCCUCCUGGACGAGUGCGUCCGUCUGGGCGUGCACCUGCACCACCCGGCCCGCGCGUUGGCGGUCAUGGCAGACAUGCGCGGCGAGCUGUCGGCCGUGCGAAUUGCGAAUACCACGUCGUCGUCGGGUGCCGAGAGCGACAUCCCUUGCGCGAGGCUGGUCAUCGCGGCGGGCGCGUGGUCCGCGCGUGUCUUCUCGGACUUGUUCCCGAACUCGGUCUGCAAGCUGCCCGUUUCGAGCCUCGCAGGCCACUCGCUCGUGGUCCGGUCGCCGCGGUGGACGGAGGAGAUGGAGGCAUCGGGGGCGGGCUGUCAUGCCGUCUUCACCACGAGCAGGCAGGGUUACUCACCCGAGAUGUUCUCGCGUGCCGGGGCCGAUAUCUGGAUCGGGGGGCUGAACUCGGCCACCACUCCGCUGCCCGAGGACCCCACAGGAAGUCGAAUCGAGGCAGAGGCGAUCGCACAGAUCAAAAAGACGGCGGCUGCCGAGGAGGUGGUGAUCGACGACUUGGAGGUUGUCAGGGAGGCUCUGUGCUUCCGACCCGUCACUCCGUACGGCACCCCGAUUAUCUCCCGGCUGGACGAUGGUCACCUCGGCGGUGGGAUCACGACAAAGCCUGACGCAGAGGGCGGCGUGUUCCUCGCGGCCGGCCAUGGGCCCUGGGGCAUCUCGCUCAGCCUGGGCACGGGCAUCGUGCUGGCGGAGAUGGCGCAGGGAAGGAAGCUGAGCGCGGAUGUGAGCUCCUUGCUGAUGUGGUGA